AUUCAGCAGUGUUUACGUUAUGUCAAGUAGCCGGUGCUUUUGUUGAAUGUGGUUGUGCCGUCUUCACUACCUGUUUCAUGAGCAUGCCCUCAACUAUGUUUCACAGACUACGAAAGCUGACUUAAUCAGGUGGUAUAGAGGGAAAGUCGAAACGAAAAGCCACGCAGAACUGGGAGAUUUCUUGUCAGGUACAAGAUUUGCGGAAAUGAUGACAGCAACCGCUGGCCUCAGUAUUACUGUACAUGUUAUGACACAAUCUUGCUGUUGUAAAUGUCGCCUUCAUUACCACCAUAGCCUGUUGUAAAUGAACUGUAGAACAGACUACAAGGUGUGGUGAUCAUCGACUGUGUUAGGCUGUGUAAUACAUUGAUGGCCUCCAGUCUCAUCUCACUUUACUAGCAUGACUAGUGAUCACUGUAAGUGUUCUACAGAAUGCCACGCCCGGACAUCAUGGGAAGGAGAUCAUCUGAAAGUCUGGAACAGGAUCAUGUUUAUAGCGUGUAUGACCAGAUUGCUCCAUGCUUCUCUGAGAUCUCUCAGAAAGCCUGGCCAAAUGUACGUCGGUUCCUUAAACGCCUACAGCCGGGAUCAUUGGUCGCAGAUAUUGGAUGUGGUAAUGGGCGAUAUCUACAUAUCAACAAACACAUAUUCAAAAUUGGAUUAGACAUAUGCUGCCCCCUGGUGGAAUCAGCCAGAAAAAAGGGGCAUGAAGUAUUGGUGGCAGACAACCUGCGAUUGCCGUUUAGAUCAGGUCUGUUUGACGCGGUGAUAUCUGUCGGAGUUAUCCAUCACAUUUCUACAACAGAACGGAGGAUUGAGGCCGUCCGAGAACUGGCAAGAAUUCUACGACCAGGUGGACAAAUGAUGCUGUAUGUGUGGGCAUAUGAACAGAAACAUAGGCGGUUUGAUGGCCAAGAUGUACUUAUACCAUGGCAUGGAGGACAGAAAACCAGCAAGUCCGGAUUGUUGCCCUCCUGUUCAGAUAAGGACUUGUCCAGUGUGAGCUCUAUCAGUGAGGAUGAAUCGUCAGCGGAUACCUCAGAUUUUACCUUCAAUGACAACACCCUUCAGAGGACAGCUUCCGAAACCUUCAAAGACACCCUAAAGGACACACUCCAGGAGCUUGACAAUGUGUUCUGGACAGAUAACACUGUUCCAAAGGUCAUAAUCCGCAGACAGAGGUCAAAUACCCUUCCAAACCUCCACAAUGGUCAGGGCCUUCUGCAUCCUCCAGAGGAGAAGAGAAAGCUUGUGGUCAAUAGGAGUGUGUUGGCUGAGGAAUGUCGGAGAAUCGAGGCAAGCAUGAAGGCGUUGUCAGUCAGCCAUAACCAUCAAUGGUAUGAUGGGAAAAGUAGUGACAUCACAGGUCAGGGAUUGGAGGGUGACGGCGAAGGUAGUGACAUCACAGAGGAUAAUGACAGUCAUGUUCUAAAUGUAAUACACUCUACUUCUUAUGCAUGCAAGACUCGUAAUAUAUCUCUUAAUGGGCAUGCAAAACAUCAAAAUUCACCAAGUCAGAAAAGGGUACUUACGAAACUCGCCUCAACGAAAACAUAUCUCUCAUCUGACUCCAUUGUGGAGCCGAUUAAUGCAUAUCAUUCACAGUGUCAUGUAGCCAAAAAUGUAAAAGUUAAGAGUAGAGACCUGCAUUCUGUGGUACAUAAACAAAUCCCAGAAAACAGUAUUAACAAAACAUCAAUAAACAGUUCAAAAAGUGAGAUUAAGAAAGAAAGUGAAAAGAAAGAAGAAGUAUCAUUUUUCAACUUGAUAAAAGCCAAAAUAAAAAAGGUAUUUGAUAUAGAACCUCCACCUAAACCUCUAGAAUCUCCUGACGUGAUAUCAAAGUCCCUAGCUGUUGAAAACUGGCUUCUUCAUUCUUUCGGAGGAGAUGGAGCCCUCGGAAAUCUGUCAACUAGCACAAGUCUUGACGAAUUUGAAGGGUUUGCUGUUCGAGAGUUUCCUCAGAGUAGUCGACCUAGUAACAGGAAUAGUGUGGACAUAACAGGGGAACUGGACAUCAAUGGUCAAGCAAAAGUGACCAGUGGUGUGAUUACCAUGGCCAAUGAACCAGAGAAUGGUUUAUCACAGAGUUCAGUCAAUGGUCACUCAAAAGGUUUAGAGUCUAAGCCACGCAUUUAUCAUAAAGGAUCAAAUGGACAUAUGUCUUCAGACAAAGACAAUUUAUCAUAUCAAAGUCAGAUGUCAGGGAAUGCUUUUGUUUGUACUUCAAAAAAUGAAAAUUCUGUCCAAUGCUGUGAAGACAAUCAAAACAGAUGCUCGGAUCUCAGUUCGAAUUCUGGUCCAACCAAUCAUAUCAAAUCACGUGAUCUAAGGAGAGGAUCACAUGACUGUACUACAAGCAAUGGGUCAUGUGACCAGUAUGGUGCCUUUGAAUCACUAUGCAGGGUAACUGACAAAGACCUCUCAGGAAACAAUGGACAAUCAUUUGUGAUUGGAGAGUUCUCCAAAGGGGAGACAAUUUUGGCUGAAGAUAAAACAACUGAGACCAAAACUGGAAUAAGAAGCAAAUCUUUACAAACAUUAAAUGGGUACUGUAAUGAUACUACAGAAUCUUGCCAGCCAAAAUGUGUAUCAACAGGCAAAAAGCCAGAGUCCCAAGACUCGUCUGGUGAAUGUGAUGUCAAACAGCUGUCUCGAUACUACCAUGUGUUUAGGGAAGGAGAACUAAUUGAGCUCAUAACUAACCAUGUCCACAGCCUUCGGGUGGUCAGUAACAUGUUUGACCACUCAAACUGGUGUGUAGUUGUUGAGAAAAGGUAGCAUAUUUUAUUGUUGAAAUGAGUCAAAAUUAAGAUUUUAAUGGAAUUUUUAUAUGUUUUGCCUAUUAGUCUGUUUUAAUGCAAAUUUCCUUAGUUGUUUAGUCUUUAAGAAAAAAACUUGAAAAGUCUUAAAUAUUAGCCCAAAGUUAAUCCCUUAAAUUUUUACUGUGUAAUUCAUGUUAAAAAAAAUCAAAUGAGAAAAGAUGUGUACAUGUCUGAAUACGUAUCCAGACUUCAAAUAAACAAAAAAAAUGUUAAUCUCAUGAACAUUCUGGCAGUUAUCUAAAAGGUAACAAUGAGUUGGUUAUAUGUUACCAAUCUAGUCCAAGAGUUACAACGUUCUGGAUAAGUUAUCUAGUCCAAGAGUUACAGCGUUCUGGAUAAGUUAUCUAAGUCCAAGAGUUACAACAUUCUGGAUAAGUUAUCUAAGUCCAAGAGUUACAACGUUCUGGAUAAGUUAUCUAGUUCAAGAGUUACAACAUUCUGGAUAAGUUAUCUCCUGUGCAAAGCUCAAGCAUGAACACAACCCUGGGAACUGCAAGGAAGAUUUAAAUUUAGACUCCAACACAUUCAAUUUUGAUACAACAUUAUGUAAAAAAUCACAAAUUUUGCAAAGUCUAAUUGGGUUUUUGAAAAUCCUGAUAUGAAUAGUAACCUCAGCAGCAAUGGCGUCCCUUUUAUUUGUUAAGUAAUAUUUAUGCUAUAUAUAAUUUUCAUGAUUUAAAUGAUCAUUGUGAAAGUGCUUAACUCACAAAAUUGUUGGAUGUGAUAGGUGUACAGUAUCAUCGUCAGAUACCUACAAUUGAUCACAAUACGCUAUGCUAUACUUAUCACCCAUCGGUCAACUCAGUGGAAAAUCCUCGUCUCUGUGACUAUAAAUAGAAACCAAUCAGCAUAACACUUUCAGAAUAAGAACUCUUUAGUUUAGUGAAGGGAAUAUAAAAAAGUAUGUGUAGCAAUAUGGGCGUGCCCAUGAAGGCAUGCAGAUUCUGUGAUAAACAUUCAGUGGGCAUUCAUCACCAAGGCCUGUUGUAAUUGAUAGUUCUUCAUCUCUGUCAGACAAAAGGGUAUCAAUAAUAUUCUGCUGAAAUAGUUUAAAACCCAUUGAUGAGAGAGUCAUUCUAAUUACCUCUAUUGAAACCAGGAUUUUUCACUGAGUUAAGUGUAGUGUACCUGGGUAGUGUAAUCAACCGUGGGUGUCUGAUGAUGGAUUUACAUGUGAAUGUGUACUAAGAUUUUUUAACUUAUUUUUGUAUUAUUUUCCUUUCAUAAAACUAGUCAGUAAUCUGUGCUCAAUUUUGUGGUUAGUCUUUUACUGCCAUGAUAUACAAGAAGUAAUGAUAUGUUUUGUAGCUUUGAUUUAUUUUUCUUGUUGUACACAAUUUUACUAAUGUGGUUAUAUUCUAAAAUCUACUUCAAAAUAAAACUAGACUGGCCUGAAUUAUAUGUCUGCAGGAAGCAAUAUGUGCCACUGGGAUGUUCAUUCCAUUGUUGUUAAAUGUUUGUAUUUUCAAAACAUAUUUUGUUUAGAUUGAUUCACACUGAUUUGUUUCGAAUGUUGAUAUAAAUUUCUUGUGAUAUUUUUAUUGGGCUUGAAGCAAUUUAUUUUUUAACCACCAGGUUGUUUAAAUUCAUAUACCAUAUUUAUUUAUUUUUAUCAAGGUAUUUAUAUAAUUAUAUGCUCAGUGAUUCCAAUGAAAACAUCUGUUCUCAAACUCGUUUUUUUUAAUUUUCUAUUGAAAACCCAACUUCUGUCUUUUAUUUCCCUUGCACCAUCCAAAGGUUGUUUAAUCCACAAAUGUACAUCCACCUACAAGAGUUUCCUCAAUUUUGCAAUUUUUAUGUGUUUAACAUCAGUUCUCUUUCGCAGUUCUCUUUCGCAGUCUUGUAAACAUUUAUUUUUCAAAAUAAAUCCACUUGAAUAGCAAUAUAUUCAAUAUGAUGAAAUCAUUUUUGUACCACAUACUUGCCAACUUGAUCUCAGAUUUUGAUAUUGCAUAUCUGUAAAAUGUUUUAACUUUUAUGUAUUUCAAAAUUUCAAAGAAUAAGUAGAUAAAAGGUAUAUAUAUUACCUUUUACAUAAUUUCCCGGGAAUCCCGAAGCUGCUCUGACUUGUCAAUCACCCAACAAGAGCAGACAACUCUCUGAAAAGUAGAUGGGUAUAAAAGUUUUUUUUUUUUUUUUUUUUUU